AUGGAUGAUGACAUUUGUUAUCUCUUAGAUAUUGUGCCUGCUGAAGUUAAGCAGAUUAUCUUUCAAUAUCUCGGUGUUGAAGAUUUAUUGAGCUUGUGCUGCACAUGUAAAUCUUUGAAUGAAUUUAUUGGAAGUUCACAUGAUUGCAUGAAGAAGAUUUGGAUCAAAUUUUACACAUUCAAACUGAAAGAUCUUGACAGUUUGAAGUCUAGUGUGAGAAUAUAUGAAAAAUUGAAAGUUAAUCGUGUGAAAUUAAAUGAGCACUUUAUAUAUCUUGCUGAUCUUCAUCAAUCUUGGCGUAAAAUAUUAAUUUAUAAUUGUGAGUUAAAACGAAUGGAAUUACUGUUGAAUUUCAUCAAAACAUUUUCUGAAACAGUUGAAGAGUUAGAGAUCAGUGACAUUGAAGUUCUGAACAACGAAAUUGAUAUAAAGACAAUAAAGUUUCCUAAUUUAAAACGCCUUAUGUUCCGAAAUGUUCCCUCGACUAUAAUAGAAGCAUUUCUGGAUGUAAAUAAAAAACUUGAAAAUGUGUCAUUUGACAUUGUUUUAGCGAUAGAAGGAAAAAUGUCUUUGGAGGAAUUAACAGACACAUUAUUGCAUAGAUGUCAACAUUUGAAUCAUCUUCAGCUUGGACCACAUUACAUCAAAUGCCUUUUUGAUCAGGAAAACUGUAAUGUAAAUUAUCACUUCAAACUCUCAAAGCUUCUACUAAAAUUUCCUCUCAUUCGUGAUCCAUCACCAAACAUAAGCAUGAAUGUCAAAAUGUUCUUGAAGGAUCAACCAAACAUCGAGUGGAUUUUAUUUUUAGAACUCGACGAUGACGACAUUUUAAAUCCAGCAUGGAACGAAAUUCCUUCGCUGAAUCAUUUGACGUUUUAUGGAUUGGAAGAGCUUUUCAAAUCAAUGGAAUUACAAAUGCAACCAAAUAAUGAAAUUCUUCAAAUCGAUCUUUUGUCGAGAAAAAUUCUCAUCAGUCAACUUCGAAAGGUUUUCGUUGCUGCGCCAAAUUUACGUGUUCUUCAUGUCCACACACUCACCAAAUAUAUAAUAGAAUUUACAGUGAAGAAUCAUCAAAUGAUUCGGGAAAUUUGCUACGAGAACAUCGAGGAAGAAGCUGAACAAUUUUACGAAAGUUUGAAGUCAUCAUUUGAUGAAAUCAAGAAUACAAAAGUCUGUUACCGAAAGUCGGCCCCAACAAUAAAUAUCGUGCAAAAGCCCGAUAUUUAA